AUGAUCCGUCCUCAGAAAUUAUCAUUUUCACCACAAACAACAACACCAACAAUGUGGGUCAUUGUCCAGUUUUGUUUGAUUUUCCUCAUACAAAUCUUGGCGACAGCAAUUCCCCCCGUUAACUGUGAUAAAGAUUUUACAACAACAACCAGCCAUGGGAUUAAUAUUAACACCAACAACAGCAACGAUAAACUCUUACAUCGAGUAGCUCGUUUGACCCAAGUCGAUUAUUCACUGCUCAAAGAUGAAAAUAAUAGGACCAGCAACAACAACAACAACCCCAUCAUAGCGGGUAGUGGCGGAGCCAUAGCCUAUCCCUAUAGUGCACCCGCUGGCUAUCUAGCCUCCAAUGGUCUACGCACCCUACUCAAACCCCAGAAAUUCUACACAAAACAACAGCGUUUUUCUUCCGAUAAGAAAAAUCCCAAUUUGGUCAGCUUAAAUCUAGUCACCGAGCCUCGUAAGAAUAUCUGCGAUGGCCAUUGCCAGUGUGAGAAACAGAAUUCCUUUACGACCGUCACAUGUGAUUAUAAGAAAAAUCCUAAGUUAAGCUCUACAUUCGAUAAAUCAUUUAAAAUGCCCGAAUUGGCAAAAAUCUUAAUUGUCAAAUUGGGACCACGGACCUCAUUCCGCCUACGUGAGGGAUUCUUUCACAAUGACACCAUUAAUCGUUUCAUAAUCGAGGGCAAUAUGGAGGAGCAUGAGAAGGUGGAAAUCGGCACUGAUGCAUUUCGUGGCAAUAAUGGACCAUUCCCGGAAAUAAUAUUUAGCAAUGUAUUUGCCAUAAUUAUAUUGGAGCGGGCAUUUCGCCAGAAGGCAUCGGAAAGCUGCAAAUUAAAUGUCACAAAUAGCAAUGAUGUCUUGUUAUUUGAAAAUGCAUUUGAAAAUACCCAAAUCCGCGGCUCGUUUGUGGGCAUAAAGGAUCUAAGGAUAUCGGAAAAGGCUUUCAAUUCUGCCCAGGCUAAGUUACACAUCGAAUCUUCCAAUAUCGAUAACAUUUAUCGUUUUGAUGCCUCGAUACGUGAAAUUAAGUUCGUGAAAUGUACCAUUGGCACCAUUAAUCCCGGGGCAUUUGAUGUGAAUAAUAUCCAUUCGAUAAUAUUUGAAUCGUGUCGCAUUGAUGCCAUUAAAUCGAGAGCCAUAACAGAAAAGCUCUAUAGUGAACAUGUAUCGAUAACCGGAGCCACAAUUGGUAUUAUCGAAAGUGAUGCAAUUUAUGGCAGUGGUAUUAAAGAAUUAAAAAUUAGCAACAACAAAAUCGAUACCAUUUACGAAAAUGCAAUUUACGUGACAUCGAUCUACGUGACCAUAACCGAUAAUCACAUCAAACACCUGGGUAGCAAAUGGUUACAUGUCAAAGACUGGACACGUAUUAGGGUGGAGAGAAAUCAAUUUGGCAUUUUCGGCCAUAUGUUGUUGGAAAAGAGCCGCAAUCGUGAGAAUUGUACCUUCGGUGAAAAUUCGUUGACAAGUCCUCAGGAUGGCAGCCUCAACUUCACAGAUCCUCAUUGUAUGGUCUAUGAUAUUUCAUUGAAUAAACCCUGUCGCUGUGAUUUCCAUUGGUUGGAACGUUUGUCGGAUCAUGACUUAAAAUCGCAGGUCUUUUGUACCAUCGAUGACAAGCUGGGCAAUUGUUUUAAUGCCACAAUGCUGAACUUCUUGCAGUACUACAGUGAGGUGUGCGAUGACACGAAGACCAUUUUGGAUUGUAAGAAUAAAAAGAAUUUGCGGAAAAUCGAAGGGCGUUUCUUUACGGCCGAAGAAUUGGCGGCGAAAAAUAAUCGCCUACCGGAAUUGAUCAUCAUUCUGGCCUGUGCCGUGGCCAUUGUGAUAAUAAUUUUCAGCUUAAUUAUUAUCAUGAUUUGUCGCUGCCGCAAGCGUACCCUGAAAAUGCCACGAAGCAGCAGUGGUGGUACAAAUCAGGGGCGCAGUCAUGUCCAUGAAUUCUCUCAAGAUGAUCGUUUAAUUAUCAAUCAGACCCUGCAGUUGAUCCAAAAGAAAUAUCCCGAAAUUUACAAGAAAAUCCAUGAAAAAAUACAAAUCAUGUUUAUUGCCGAUUUAUCGGAGGCGAAAUGUGUCAAGACCACAAGUCAAAUUGUAAAUCUCUUGAAUAAGGUACAAAAUCCGGGUAUUGAUUUUAUGGCAAUGAAUCGUGUGUUGACGGAACAUUUACAAUCACCACUGCCCUCAGCACCACCCGCCGAUCAAACACCAAUUUAUUCGGAACCAGGUUUAACGGAGGGUGAUUUCUAUGCUGCCAAUACCUUCGAUAAUAUGCAAGGAAAUCCUAUGAUGGGAAAUAGUGGUGGUGGUGCAACAGGACCGGAACAUAUUUAUGCUGAGCCUAGUUGUGCCCAACAACCAUUGCUGCCGAAUGAAUAUGCCUCACCUGCCGAUGGCCACUUGGAAUCAAUGGAUGUCUAUACGGAACCCAUUAAUGAAAGAGACUCGAAUCUAACCACAUCCGCCACCACCACCACCUCACCCUAUGCUGUAGCCCAACCCCUUAACCAUCGACCCAACGCUAUGGUGGCUGAUAGUACCUAUCAAAGUCCCUAUCGGCCAUAUGCCAGGUCCACACCAUACAGUCAUCAACAACGACAACUGCCAGAUGUUUUGUCACAAAGACCCAGUGUGGGACCCACUUCGCCCACACCCUCCAACACUUCCUCAACCUCAACCCAAUCGAAUGUACGACGUUUGGCUCAAAAUUUACAGCAAAAUUUCAUUCCCAAUGCCACACCAAGAAAUAUGCAUUUAGUAGCCCCACCCCAAUAUACCGCGCCCAAUAUUCAACAUAAAUUGUUAUCGAAAAAUCCCACAUCAUCUAUUGCAGCGGGACAGCAACGCGGAGAAGAUAUUGAACUGGAUAUGCGUGGUGCUGCAGCAUUACCCAAUGAUGCGGGUUCAAAUCAUUCGGGUGGCAGUAAUGAAACGGUUCAAAUCGAUGAUGUUAUACAGUAUGCGGAUUCCUAA